UCCCCGUGUCAUCUUCAUUUCCUCCUUACAUGAGCUUACUUGUAAAGCAAUAUUAGGAAUAGUUGACAGCCGGCGAGCAAACGCAAGAGGUGACAGAGCACAUAGAUCUGUACUUGUGGUACAGACAGAGGAUUUUUUUUUUUCUUCUCAGAAAGUUAGACAUUUAGAGAAGUCAUGAUACACAGUGGCUUCUCCGAAAUUGAUUCUAUCGUUCUUUAAUUUUAAUUAUUUAAGUACAUUUUUGGUGUUUAAUAUUCCUAAGGAGUUUCAGAGGAGCGUGUUAAAACUGACCUGUGCGGCUGGAGGGUUGGCUGAGCUGUGGGGAAACUUCUGGUGCACAUUUAAAUCCAAGUAUCCCUUUCUUGCCAAACCAGGCCAUUUUACCAUCAGUCCCAACAUCCCAGUUGGAGUGUGAUCUGGUGGGAUGGCAGAGGGCAGUGUGGGUACAUGCCCCCAGGUGUUUGUGGUGGACAGCCAAGCCAACUACGUCACUGUGCACAGUGGGAAAAAACCAAGAUGGGCGAGAGUGGGCCAGAGGUUUCUUUUUUUGAUGGUGGGACUUGCCCUGUUUGGACUUGUUGUCGAGGGAUGUUUUAUCUACAGUCUAUACAAAAAAACGCAGGAAUUUUCCCUCUGUAAGUCUCAUCCUCUCUGCCAUAACAUGUCCAAUUCCCAAACAUCUGGUCAGCAGGUAAGUGUGGGUGUCCAGUUCACAUAUCUGUGGCCCCUGUGCCGUCACUGUCGUGCUGCUGUGUGUGUGGGAGUUUUCAGCUUUUUUCUGUUUCAGGGUGGCACCAUGAGUCAAGUUGGACCUAAAGAGUCCAAUGAGAUUCCCACAGUGCGACCACAUCUAGAACAGGUCCAACAGAGACCCUUUGCUCAACUGAUAGGCUCCAACAAUCCUAUAGGGGCAAACAAUGUGGUACAGUGGGAACAUAAAGUUGGGGAAACCAUCACCUACAACAUGGGCUACGAAAAUGGCCAGUUGUUGGUUGAGAAGGACGGUUACUACUACCUCUACUCCAAAGUGACAUUAAAUGCUGUAGAAGAGUGUUUGCUUAUCGAGCACAUGGUCAUGAAGAACACCAGUGCCUAUGAUAAAUCUAUAGAACUUAUGCAUUCAAAAAGUCUCCGCUGCCGGACCCCGAAACCUUCGACUGCAAAGGCUUCACAAGGGGAUGAUCUGUGGAACAGUUUCCUGGCUGGGAUCUUCCACCUGCGGAGCGGAGAUAAAAUUUUUGUCAUGUUGAAGAAUAUUCAUAAGUUGCUUCCAGGACCUGCUGAAAACCUCAUGGGAGCCUUUAUGAUAUUUCCAGGCAAUAUGCAACAAUAAUUCCUUCGUCCCAGAACAGAUUAUACGUCUCUGUGCUACACCAUGAAUUGUACAUAUAUCUAUAUAUAUAUGAUCUAAAUUAUACUGUACUCAAUGAAUGUUUUUGACUCCCUUAUGAAUAAUUAACAAAUGGUAGUGAUAUCAU